AUGACCGGGCUUGGCCUGCGGUACCAAGACCUUGCGGCCACCAUGCCGUGCACAGCUGUGGCGGUGCUGGUGCGUUCCGCUAUCAUUGCGCAGCUGGAUUGGCUGGGGCCCCAGGAUGAGCACGGCAACACACAUCUCCACCUGGCUGCGGCCAGGCCUGGCGACAACGGCGCCCUUUGCAGCGCCCUGGUGGCAGCGGGCGUCCCUGUGGAUGCAGUCAACAAGGAAGGCGACACUGCGCUCUUCAUCGCGGCGCGUGGCGCGGCUCCAUGCGCCUGCCGGGCGCUGAUCGCUGCGGGCACCGAUGUGCUGGUGCGGAACACUCGCAACCGGACAGCGGGGACCCAGAUCAAGCUGGACCCGGCAGUCAGGGAGUACCUGUUUGAAGAGGAGGAGGCAGCGCGCGCCGCACGGGCGGGGCGCAACAAGCAGCUGUGGGAUGGGAAGCUCGCCGCAACGCAGACCGCGAGCGCAUGCGCGCUGCGGUCUGUCUGA